AUGCCUUCCGUGUCUCCUGAAAGAGGCAGAACGCGAUCACGUCACCAAACUUCUGCGUUCGCCAAAUCCCAAACUCCUUCCCGGACGAGGUCUGCACCUCGCCGCACCAUCUCGCCUCGCUCUAGAUCAAGGUCAAGAACGCCAAGCCGAACAUCAUCAGCUCAAGGCGAUAAACGGAAUGGAGUUAGAAAUGGGAAGGAACGCAGCAGAAGUCCAACAAGGAGUGCGUCGAGGAGUAGGAGCGAAGGCCGAGCUGGACGACGAUAUAGAGACCCCAGUUACACGCGAUCUCCAAGCCAUGGCUCCCUACUACCCAAAAGCUCAAAGAUUGUGGUGGAGAAGCUUACGAAAAACGUCAAUGAAGGCCAUCUACGAGAGAUAUUUGGUGCAUAUGGCUCUAUCCGGGAGCUUGACCUACCCAUGAACAGGCAGUUCAUGGCCAAUCGUGGCACCGCUUACAUUGUAUACACUGACACCCCACAUGCUGAAGCUGCAAUUGCUCAUAUGCAUGAAGCCCAGCUAGACGGUGCAAUCAUCAAUGUCUCGAUCGUCCUUCCUCGCCAGGUGCUCCUCCUUAUGAUCGCUUCGAGGCACGCGCACCUCCGCCUGGCAGAUAUCGAGGAGGACCCCCCCCGCUUAACUAUGGACCCCCUGGCGGUGGAAGAUAUCGCUCUCCGCAACCCCCAAGAAGAGGCUCACCACAAAGGAGGUAUGGAGGCCGUCCAGCCCCGAGAGAUCGCGAUUCAGACACAUACCGGCCGCGCUCAUUCUCUCGUUCCAGAUCACCGAGAACACGCUCACGGUCCUAUUCUUCCAGAUCGAGGACCCGGUCUCCCCCACGUAGAAGCCGAAACUACGGACGUCGAGACAGCCCACCGCCACCGAGGGGAGGCAGGAGAAGAAGGAGUCCUAGCUACUCCAGCUUUUCCAGCUAUAGCGAUCGGAGCCGUAGCAGGAGUCGAGGUCGAUAUGGACGCGGAAGGGGAUAGUGUGCCGGCUUGGGAUCCGCUGUUUAGAUCAAGCAUGGUGGAUAUCGGAACAUUACCUUGCAUUAGAGACGUCAUUCUGGGUGCAUGA